GUGGACUGUAGUGUGCUCAGUUAAUGACGAAUGGAUAUGUGCAUGGCGUUGUUCCUGCACCGGGGGUAACGGCAACAACCCUCCAGAAACACAGUCGUCGUUCCGAAGCCGACGAGAGCGGUAGUCCCGACGGGUGAAGCAGCCCAGCCUGUACAAGCCGAGUGACAAACUGAACGAAGCCAUGAUGUCUAUACGUCUGUAUGUGUUGUGCGCAGUGCUUUUGCACUUUACUGUCGCAAAAGCACAGACUGAAACUGAACCAACGACCACUGUGGCCACUAAGGCUGUGACCACAGUGGCUCCCACUACCGCUACAUGGGAGUCGGAGACUUUGAACGAGGGCCAGGCGAUCCAGAAGGCUCUCCAAUAUCUCCUGAAUCAUCGCGAGUCCGACUGGGGCUGGGGCAAUGACACCCACCACGUUAUGUUGACUUUGCAGCUUUAUUCACAGUUAGCAAAUAAUACCGGGAAGGAAAUAGAGCAACAAGGAUUGGAGAUGCAGCUGUCGGCCAAACAAAUGGAGAUUGAAAUACUGCUCAUGAUGUCCAAGCACCAUGAGUCCCCUCCUCCGCUAGGGCGUCUCGCUGCCUACACGCUUGCCUUGGGAGCGCUAUGCAAGGAUCCUCGUUCUUUCCACGGAAGGGACCUGGUAGCCGCUCUCCUACAUCGAGAACCACCCCACGACCUCGAAUUCGCUUACGCCACUUUAGCAGCCUGUUCCUCAGCGGCUCAUGUAAGACGCCGCCACAUCAGGAGACUUCUAGAUAUCGCCAACGCUGCAGCCGAUCAUAGCCUCGAUACUAUAUCGAUGGUGAUCCUGGCUUUGCGCUGCGUGGUUCAAGAUCAUCGUCACCGUAGCCUGAUACAUUUCGUGCGCCGUCCUAUGGCCGGCCUGGCUCGUCAACAACACCCCGACGGUAGCUUCGGGUCGCUGACCACCACCGCGUUGGCCAUACAAGCUCUGGAAGAUUCCGACACAGGUCCCGGUGCCCAUCAACAUUGGAGUCUACCGGCUGCCCGCAAGUGGCUUCUGGAGUGUCAGUCUUCGGACGGAGGUUGGGGCGACGCUUCCAGUACAGCAGCCGCUGUAGCCGCUCUCACGCCAGCAUCACUGGCCGCUGUCCGACCACCGCAUUGCAGCGACAAACUCCUAGACAGCCGCCAUGAACCACUCGACAACAACGGCGGUGACGGAACUCUGAAGUUGGCAUACCAAUCCCACUCUACAAACGACUCCGAUGCGCGAAAUGUUUCCUUCACCUACACUCUAUGGCUCGGCACCAAUGUCACUGAGAACUACACCCUGUAUAUGGUAGCUCCGAGGAACAUCUCUUUCUACCACGUGAUGCAAAUGGCCGCUGAGCAGGAACCGAAAUUCAAAUUCGAAGCCAGCGAAUGGCCAAACGGUCACUACGUUCACACCCUCGCCGGUCACAAGGAAGAACCCAUGGGAUAUCACUACUGGCUGCUCUACCGUCUGCCAGAAAUCCCUGACCCCGCCAGCCCACCCGGCAACCAACUCGUCGCUCCUGUCGGUGUGGACGACUUGAUGGUGGAAGACGGAGAACAUUAUUUGUUCUGGUACAAGAAGCUGUAAACCGCUUCAACAUCCCAAUGGCAUAAUUUAUGAUUUUAAUUUAAAACGUGUAAUUUCGAUGCACUUUUUAACCUAUGAAAUAUUAAAACAAUUUUUAAAAUAAAUUCUCCCUAGACAUACCGUUACUGUAAACCGGUGUUAAUGUUGGCAACAUUGUCACCGGUACCUUCUUCAUUCCAAAGAGGUUUAACAACCUAUACAUAAUCAUAAUCUUAGGAUUAGUUUUUAAAUAUAAUGGAACUUUUAACGGCUAACGCCACCUCUAUUUUAGCUGUACAGCACAGAGGUUUACUAAUAAUACCAAAGAAUAGAAAUAGCAUAGUUUUACUCUCUUUUUGUCUCUAGCUUCUGACGUGCAAUAUUUAAUGUGUCGACACAAUUAAAAAUAUUAACGUUUCAACUUUGACGUAGUGUUUAAAAUAGUUAUUUGUCUCCUGCAUUGUUUAUAGAAAUCUCUUUAUAAUAUGCAUUCGAUCUGAAAUGAAAUAGAUUUAAACAAGAUCUGUCAUCUGUGUUUUAACAACUCGUUGACGGCGUUACCGAUAUAGACCUUAACAACAACAGCUUUGAGUCGAUUCUUGUAACAUAGCGGUAGUUAAGAAUACAUAUAUCAAUAGAUUUCCUUAAUAUUAUCUUUUUAGGAGACUGAAGUGACUAUCGUAGAACAUUUUUAUUGUAACUACGUCGUUCUUAAUAAAUAUGACUAAUAAAA